UCAAAACACAGAGACGUGCCGAUCGAAGAAGCGUAGGUUCAUUUUGGGCAUUACAGAUGAAGAUGUUUGGAAGAAUGAUGAGCUGCUGUGUGGCUCUCCUCCUGACCUUCAGCUCUGUGUCAGCUGUAAGACGAGCGCUCAACUCAAUCACUGAUCUGAGGUCAGUAGGCUUUGGCCAGGCUGUGCCUGAGCAGAGCCUCUGGUUGCUCCACUGGUUUGCCAAUGAAAUUGACAUUGACAUUAACGGUGAGAUAAGUCUGACCUUUGAUCCAAAUAGUGAUGAUUAUGGCUCACAUCAUUAUGGAAACUAUGAAGAGCUGUUAGACCCACUGCCGUGGGGAUAUCAGUACUACAGUCUUGGUAAUAUCCAUCAACAAGGAUCGCUGCGGCUUCCACAUCAUGUCUUCCAAGAGCACGAGGACGGCAACAGAGCUCGGAUCAUAAUCAGAGUCAGGGAGCAGAAUGUGGGACGGCGAACUUCACGGAUAAUAGACCGAGUCUAUAUCACACAGCAUUAUGAGACAUCUGAACAUCGAGGGACAGAGUAUGAUCCACAACAUACAUAUGAGAUCACUGCUAACCUCUUAAGAGCGAUCAGUAGGUUUUCCAUUAACAAUGAUAACAUCAAUUUACUGAUGUCUCUCAGAGACCGCUAUAGAAGCAACGCUAAUGAUUCCCAGUUAUUGGAGAUAAGAAACACGUGGGGUGACCUCGCUUGCCUUGGACUGUUGUUGUUUAUUGUGAUCCCAGAAAAAUAUUCCUCUCACGAAGACAACAACAGAGGUCAGCCAGCACCAAGAAGCAACGCACAAAGUGAUGCUGUGGUCAAUAUCAUAGAGAACAACCAAAACAAUAUUUUUGUCUCGUCGGAAAGCUACAACUCUAAUUUGCAUUUCACAUCUCAGGACAACAACACCUGUGUUUGUUGUUUCAUCUGUGCUGUCAUGAUUGUUGUUUGUCUCAUUGUUGGUCUUAUAUAUUGGGCAUUGUCACCUAAACAUUAAUUUAACUACAAUCAGUGUCAACACACAGAUUAAAUUGAACUUUUCUAUUAAAGUGUACUGCCACUGACUGCAAAACCAUUGAGCAAACAGUAUUUCACCAUUAAUCUUCUUCCUGCUGUCCUGAUACACUCCCUGACAGGUUUUUCCUUUCUUUUCCAAAGCUCAGCCCCUAAACUCUUUUUCAUUUAUCCGUAAGAUUGUUGAAAAAGUAAUUUGUUUUUAUUGGGCCAAUUUUGUUUAAUCUGCCUGUUUCCUUUAAUAGAGGGUGGCUUAUCAUGACUAUGAUGAUACGCUGAUUUAAGCCUGUAACUGAGUCAGCUUUUUUGAGAAGAAACUGCUAAUUUAUGGAUUUAUUUCUUGUUUGACUCUUGCCAUGCUCUUCUUGAAGUAGAGCUUGUCACCUGGUGGUGCCUUGAUGUGAAACAAAGACGGUGAUAUGACGAUUAGUUGCUCUGUUGCCCACUGCUCAAACAAACUGCCUCAGGUUUUUUCCAGCUUUGUCUAUUUCUAUUUUCAUAAUCAUGUAAUUUUUAAAUUAACACCACAUCAUCUCAUAUUUCACAACUUUACUGUAAAAGGGUUUAUUCAUCAUAUAGUAAACAAACUCAGUUAGUUUGAUCUCACAUUGUGUGGGAUAAAAAGAAAAACAAAUUACAACCAGAAGACUAGAACUACUGGGAUAUUAUGUUGACUCAAUGUCCUGAGAAUCAGGCAGCUACAACACUUUGGUACAACCAGUUGAAUAACAGUUGUUCCAUUGUACACUUUGUCUUGAUGUGUUUAAUUUCACCUGCUGUGCUAUAUUUGUAAAUCUUCCAAAAUCCACCUGUAGACACAGUUGAAAUUAUUUUCACAUAAAUACAUUACAAACUUCAAACAGUGCACCAUGACGGGCUCAGAGUCUUCAGGGUUUCACUCCUGCACAGGUGUUAAAUUUAUUUUUAGGAUGCAAGACAAGAGUAAAAACUGUCAGUGACCAACACAUCUUUAACAGGAGCUGAAGAAGUCAUCAGAAUAUUGUAUUGAAAUGGUGUUUCCUUGCUUGGACCGAAAACCCGAAAGACUUAGAUGCCAGUGCCACAUUAUACAAUUAAAACUGCAUCCCUCAAAACAUCAGAUAAGACCAAACAACAAGACACUGUGUGAUGUAAAUGAAAAGUUUACAAGUUCAAUAAAUUAAUGUAUUGUGGCAUAUGUAUUUGUAAGAGUUUCACUUUUGGGAUUAGAAUAUUUCAGUGAGUCGCACAAAUGUAUUUACAAUGCCUGUGGCACACGGUUUACUGCAAAUCACACCAAAUCAACACCUGAAAAAACAGGUCCCUGUUGUGGCUGUGAUACCUGCUACAAGCAGUGUUUAAUGUUAGGACGGGGAAGUGUCUUCAGAACAAGUGCAUAAACCCCACUUUGCGUGGAUCCCUGAUCUUCUUUCCAUCAAAGGUUUCGUGGCCUAAACACACUUGGGAGAUGUUUAUUCAGCUUUUUUACUUUGACACAAAAGUAUUUUUAUUUAUUGGCUGCAUGAACUAAAACAUACAGUUAGAACUACAAUGUUGCAUCUCCUCUGGAUUUUAAAAUAGCCUGAGGUAUAGACUCUAACUUUCAAUCAAUGAAAUGACAAAAGUGUCCAAAUCUGAGUGCAGACCUGAGUGUUUACUGUUGAGGUGAUGACCCCCAUUUCCUCUGUGCCUUUACAUCACAUGGAGCCUCAUCUCAUGUGUUUUAGAGAAAUGUGCUUGUUAUCUUCAGUCGUUUUAUGUCACAGGAACAGCAGUGAAUGAAAGUUGUAACAUCUGCUUGACUCCUGCAGACACUGAGCAUCACUUUCAUCCAAACAUCCACAGUCAACAAUGGUUUCUCUUUAGGAUUCUGUGAACUUCUUUUCUCCUCUUUAGCUUUUCAUUUAUUACAGCUCUGUAACAAAAUUGGCUCCUUUUUCUGUCUGUUUUUCGUGUGCAUUUUCUAUUUUCAAUCCACAUUGCUGCUUUCUUGACUUCUUUCUACCCGCAUGUAUCCCAAACAACUCAAGUUUUAGAGUAACAAACAUCCUGUGACGCAUCCUGUGUUAGAUUUUCUUGUUGAAGGAAUCAUUAAUUUAACUAAUAGCACUUUUGCUGGCUCAUUCUUACUUUCAUUUAGGUUCAACAGCUUGUUAAAGUCUACAAAUACUUUUGCAGGUAUUUAAUUGUAGACAUGCAAAUUACAUUUUUUUUUCUCUACUUGGUCUGAUAAAAAAUUUCGAACAAUUUGUGUGUAAUCUAUACACACACAUCCUGCUGUCAGGCCUGCUUCAAAGCUUCCUUUCUAACCUUCUUUACUAGAAGAUAUUCUGGUAAGUAGAUGUGGGAAUCACCUGACACCACACACAUUGCAACAUCACAAUACGUCACUCACGAUACGAUAUUAUCGCAACAGCAUACAAACAUACUGACAUUUUGUUAGCAUUUAAUUUUGACAGUUCUGGGUCAUUUUGACCCAGCAUCUUCUCUCUUGUGUUUUUGUAUUAUUCUGUAUCAUGGUUUAGGUUCUGAUUUCUUAGUUGUGCUGUUCUGAUUAUUAUUAUUAUCCUCGUGUUAGUGUAGGUUUAGUUUAGUGUCUAGUCUGUGCCUGCCGUGUUUCCUGUGUUACUUUGAACGUCUGUGUCUCAUGUCAGUGUGUCUAGUUUUGCUUCCAUUGUCUGAUUACUGAUUACUCCCAGCUGUGUCUCCCUCCUGUCUCCCAUUCCCUGAUUACGCCAGUGCGAUUUAAGCCCUGUGUUGUAUCGUACUUCUUCGUGCUGUGUUUCG